AGAUGUUCUGUUUAUGUCUUUGUUUUGAUUUGUCUUUGUGAUCCUACGGUUUACACAAACAGAACCGAUGUUUGUGGCAAGUUCCUCAGUAUUGUGAUCUGAGGUGAAAUGAUUGCCCAUUGUGGUUGAUUUGUGGUUAAAAUACCAUUGUGGAGUUCUACAAUAGCGUCGUUCACCAGUAGAAGAGUAUUAGACACACAUUAACGAUGAUCUCCAAGUGCUUCGUCUUGCCCUUGUUGGCUUCCAUGGUCACUGCAACUGCUCCAGCUAUUGCAAUCAACGACAAUCCAACUGAUGUUCUUUACAGAGCCGAUUUCCCCCAGGGGAAUGCGCAGACUGUUGUAGGUGUUAUCCAGUUCUACUCUUUGAACGGCACCACAAAGGUUCACGUCGAUGUUACCGGUUUACCAAAGAACUCUGGUAUGUUUACGUACCACAUCCAUGAACACCCUGUUGGUGGUGACUGCGAAACUACGGGAGGCCAUUUCAACCCAUAUGGUGCACCAAGUGACUGCGAACUGCUUGGAGACGACUCCAUUUGCGAGAUUGGUGACUUGAGCGGUAAGCAUGGCUUGAUCAAUACAACUUGCUUCGAGUUGUUUUAUUAUGAUCCAUAUUUGGGAUUGGAUGUAUCCACGCCUCAGUUCAUUGGUGGUAAGUCUGUUGUGAUCCACUUGGAGAGCGGAGAAAGAUUGGCAUGUGCUGAUAUUCGCAAGUCCAGAGAACCAGAGGACUUGUUGUUGUUGAAUGCCGAGACAGAGGCUGAAGAAGUGAGAAAGUAUGAGGAGUUGGCUGGGAUCAUCCAUCGGUCAUCUCAUGACUUUCAAGCUACUUCAGUAGAUACUGAAGAACUCUCAGAAACACCUGAAUAUGAUGCUUCUACGGAGGAUGAUUUGUCUUCCCCCGAAGAUGUGGAUGAGCAAUAUGAAAAAGAUGAUAAUAAUAGAAGAGAUGACGUUGAGAGUGACUUCGAGGCUGAAGAUGAUUCUGAAGAGGCCGAUGUUGCACACAAGGGUAAGAGUGGUAAAUCAACCACAGAGGAAACUACAGAACACACCAAAGAAACCACCGAGGAAUUGGAAGACAAAGAUGAAGAUGAAGAUGUUGAAGAUGGUGAAGAAUCUGAUAUCGAGGAUGUCUUUGACGAUAUUGAUAAGAAACACCCUGACUACUCAGAGAUUCCUAUUGACAACGGAACAAUUUAUGACAACUGUACCAAUGGCACUAAAGAGGUGACUGAAGAUGAUCAGGUCAGUUCAGCAUCUUCCAUUAGUCUUGGAAUCGUCAUCUCUAUUGUGUCAGCAUUGAUUACAGCUCAGUUGUGUUGAUCAUUAUUCCAGCGUUCAGUCUUAGCAUUAGAUUCUUAGCUUUAACAAUAUGACAAAUUGUACUGCACC